AUGGCUGCUCACUGUGCUUCCAAGAUUGCCAAAUUUGGUAGAGAUGAAAUCCAUGCUGUCGAGGUCACAGGUAUGGAAGUGCUCGUUGGAUUCUGGAUCCAAGUCUACAGAUCAUCACAUGGAAAUGGAAGCCAAAUCCCUCCUGUAUAUACUAUUUCACAUUAUCCCCAUAGCGAUGUCGAUGGACGGGAGCCGGAGGACGUGACCACAGUAUAUGAAGUAGCCGGCAUAGAACAACGAAGUGAAGAUCCUCACCAACAUCUGCUGCCCGUUCUUGGUGUUUUGUGUUGGGGGUUAUCCGAAGUAGCCAGAGACCAGUUGCCUCAUAGCGAACACCGCCUGCACGUGUAUUUCGCCCAAGACUGA